AUAAAGUGGGCGAGGUUUAGCUGUACAAGACAAAAGAGAGAGUUAAACGAAAACAAAGCGGGACGCCUUCAUCUCCUGUCCGGCAUGUAUCUCUUAUAUUUAAGUGCAGGGGUUGUUUUUAAUAUGGUAAUACAGAUUCAUGCCUUUACGAAGAAAUGAAAACAGGAGGACGGUAAAUUCAAAUCUUGAAAUGGCAGAGAGACUUAUUAGCCAAGUGAAAUAUCCGUUGCUAUAGCGUAAACGAGGUAGUACUAGUAAUUAAGUUUAAGACAGUAGUUAUAUCGUAGUUAAUAACGCAUGGAAUUAGACCUCCGUCUGCGCAUUUCUGUGUAUUUCCCGGAAAUAAGUUUUCGGACCUGACAGCUGCAGCGGAAUUGGUCACCGUUUUACCAUCUUCAAUUUAGUUUGAACUUAUGAAAUAACAUUGAGCCAAGAAGGGUGUUAAAGGGAGUAAAAGAAAUCUAGUUUACAAGGAAAAUGCUGAAAUCGGAGAUGAACGGGUUUCUGUCAAGUUCACCGGACUGUCCUGCUGGAAGCGUUUGUGCCGUCGAUGGUUUGCCACCGUUACCCAAAGGAUUGAGUGGCAUUUUGAACUCAAGCGGGGGGUCCUGGAGAGACAUCGAGAAGGUCUACAGCAAGAGGACGCGCAUCCAGGCGGACAUCAGUAAGUCCAGAGUGAGUGACGCUCUCGGCCGCAGUAAACCCGCAAGCCUUGACGCAGCGCUGGCCGUGUUGCGCAAAGAGAUGGUGGGACUGAGGCAGUUAGACAUGUCCUUACUGUGCCAAUUGUGGUCUUUAUACGAGUCCAUACAAGAAUACAAAGGAGCUUUCCAGGACAUCUCCUCCUCUUUGUGUGAGAGCUCCUUCAACACUGAAAACGGCUAUUCUGAAGAUGAAGAGGAGGAGGAGGAUGAAAAUGAAGGGGUGAGUGGGGAAACACUGCUAUCACUUCCUCAGCCCACUCGGAACUCUCGGGACCAGUGGAUCAAGGACUCUUUCCACAUCCCUAUUUAAAUGAACUAUUCACUUUGUGCUGUCCUUAGUUACGGAUCUCCCAUUAUCCUCAUCUGUAUAAACUGGGGCCAACGUUGCCCGUUUGCAAGAGGGUGCUAUAACCGUAUAAGAAGGAUUUUAUUUUUGUAGGGUAUUUGCACAAUAGCGAUUGUAGGUUUGCUCCAUGGCAACAUGGAAAUUGUAUUUUCAUUGCGUGUUAAAUCAUAAAGACAGGAUAAGGACUGGCAGGAAAAGGAUGUUAUGGCCGGAAGCAUUCCACACUUGGGUGUUUUUUCUACAUAUGGAAUAAGAAGUAUUAAUGGACUAUCACUUAACUGGGGUAUAUAUUUUGGUAGUCACAAAUUCACUAUUUUGUAUAAAUGUAUCAAAUAUUUACCAUCACGACGUUUUCUUUAUCACCAUCUGUAUUUAAGAUUAUUUUAUUUGUUAUUUUUACCACCACCUCUGUCUUUUAUUAGUAAGUUAAACAUAGAAUGUAGUAGAAAACAAAAAAACAACUUGUACAUUUUUAUAAAAGUCUCUGUGUUUUGUGUUUGAAUACAAAAU